AUGUCUGACAAAUCUUUCAGUACUUCUUUCAUCCUUCAGCCAGCUGCUGGCGCGAAGCUUCAGCCUAUUCCCGAGGGCAAUGUUGCUACUCCAGUUGAAGCUCCUGUUGUUGAACCAACUAUUGAUGCCAUGAACAAUCCAGUCACGAAUCAAGAGAGGCUUCAUGCCAAACUUGGUCUCUUGCGUGACAUGAUUGCCAACAUUGAAGGGUUCCGUUACCACGAUGACGAUGACAUCAAUGUCAGUAGGCUCGCCUCCAAACUCAUUUGCGAGUUCUUAAACGAUGUCACCCACGUUCAAAAUUUGGCCAUCAAAACCGUCAUUGACACGGCUCGUGAGGUCGACAACACCCCUUCCUUGAACCUUGACCAGCUCAGAGUGGUCAAUGAGCGCUAUAAGACGGUGAUCAGAUGUGUGAGCGAGGUUCCACAGCACAUUCAGACAGCCAUGGGUUCAACUGCUAUGGCUCGCCUCCCGGCUCAGGAGGCUACUGCUUACAAGACUGACAUGGAGUCACGUAUCGCCAAAGAAGCCAUCAUCCGCAUCGAUAUCGAGCACAAAAUAAUCGGCGUCGAGGCAAAGAUCGAAGCGGUCCAACAAGAGCGUCGUGCUGCUUUUGAUGACUUUACCCUUGUCACCCGACGAAAGUCAGUCAAGAGGGAGGAGCCAAACGAAUUUGACACUCGUCCUAAGCGUUUUCAAUCCUCUCGUUACUAA